GUCACGCACCGACCAGGCGCCGCGGUGCAUGCCGGGAACAGAGAGGCGGCCUGACCGAACCCGGACACCGAACAGGGGAUCCCGUUCCCUGCUGCGCGCCACCCGUCUACGGGACAGCAGGGAGCACCGGGGCCGGCGCAGGCGGUGUCUGUCUGUGGGAUACGCCGACUCCCUUCUUCGGUGUACAGACCCUGGCACCCCCCCCCUGUCCGUCCCCGGCUCCUGUCCUGUGUGUGGCACCGGGAUCCCCCCCUCCCCAGGUCCACCGGUCCAUGCUGAACGGAACACGGGCUCCGGCUCAGGUUAACACGUUAGAGGACGGAUACCGGGAGGACACAGCAAGAUGAUGUGUGAAGUGAUGCCAACCAUCAGCGAGGCUGAGAUGCCUCCAGGGGGGAACGGAAGCCACGGAUCCGGCUCUCCCCUCCAGACGGACUCGGAUUCCCACUUUGAGCAACUCAUGGUGUCCAUGCUUGAAGAAAGAGACCGGCUGCUGGACACGCUGCGAGAGACCCAGGAGACUCUGGCGUUAAAUCAGGGCAAGCUACAGGACGUCACCCACGAGCGGGACUCUCUACAGAGACAGCUGAAUACAGCGCUGCCUCAGGAGUUUGCAGCGCUGACUAAAGAGCUGAAUAUCUGCCGGGAACAGCUGCUGGAGCGAGAGGAAGAAAUUGCCGAGUUAAAGGCCGAGAGGAACAACACCCGGCUUCUUCUGGAACAUUUGGAGUGUCUCGUUUCCCGGCAUGAGCGUUCUCUCAGGAUGACAGUGGUGAAGAGACAGGCUCAGUCGCCAGCCGGAGUCUCGAGUGAAGUGGAAGUUUUGAAAGCACUGAAGUCUCUUUUUGAACAUCACAAAGCUUUAGAUGAAAAGGUGAGGGAACGCUUACGAGUGGCGUUGGAGAGAUGUAGCUUACUGGAAGAAGAGCUCGCAGUAACGCACAAAGAGCUGAUGAUUUCACGGGAGCAGAACAAUCAGAAGAAAAGCUAUAAUGACGGCACUUCAGAUCACGAGCAGGAAAAUGCACCCAGCACCAAUGGCAAGAGAUCAUCUGACGGCUCUUUAAAUAACGAUGAAGACCUGUCGAAAGUCAUGGAGCUUCAGGACGUCAUUGAGAAACAGUCGAAGGAGCAGAGUCAGAUGAAGGAGCGCCUGGCCAUCCUGUCUAACCGGGUUACUGAGCUGGAGGAAGAUUUGGACACGGCGAGGAAAGAUCUCAUUAAAUCGGAGGAGAUGAACACAAAGCUGCAACGUGACACACGAGAGGCCAUGGCCCAAAAGGACGAUAUGGAGGAGAGGAUUACAACUCUCGAGAAACGCUACCUCGCUGCACAGCGUGAAGCCACAUCCGUGCACGACCUCAAUGAUAAACUUGAAAACGAAAUCGCUAAUAAGGAAUCGGUACUCCGCCAGAGUGAAGAAAAGAACCGCCAGAUUCAGGAACGUCUCGAGCUGGCAGAGCAGAAGCUUCAGCAGACGAUACGGAAAGCGGAGACCCUGCCUGAGGUGGAGGCUGAACUGGCGCAGAGAGUCGCUGCCCUCUCCAAGGCCGAGGAGAGACAUGGCAAUAUUGAAGAGCGGUUACGUCAGAUGGAAUCUCAGCUGGAAGAGAAGAACCAGGAGCUCCAGCGGGCCCGGCAGAGAGAGAAGAUGAAUGAAGAACAUAAUAAGCGCCUGUCCGAGACCGUGGACAAACUUCUCUCCGAGUCCAAUGAACGGUUACAGCUCCACCUGAAGGAGAGGAUGGCGUCCCUGGAGGACAAGAAUGCUCUCAUCAGAGAUGUCGAGUCUGCCAAGAAGCUGAUUGAGGAAAUCCAGCACGAGAAGGAGCAACUACUGAUCGAAAUAGAAAACCUCCGAUCCGAAAAUGAGCAGGUCAGGAUACGGGCAGCGUCGCUGCACCACAGCCGGCCUCACCUGGGCAGCGUUCCUGACUUCAGAUAUGCUCUUGCCCCGUCUUCAUUGUCUGAUGGGCAUCCCGAGUCUUACAGUUCUUCUCUGGUCCUACGGCGACCGCAGAAAGGACGGCUAGCUGCUCUGCGGGAUGAGCCCUCUAAGCACGUACAGACUCUCAAUGAGCAGGACUGGGAACGAGCCCAGCAGGCUAGCGUCCUGGCUAAUGUCGCCCAGGCUUUCGAAAGCGACGUGGAUAUUUCCGACAUGGAGGACGACAGGGACACCAUUUUCAGCUCCGUAGACCUCCUUUCCCCGUGCGGCCAGGCAGACGCGCAGACCCUCGCCGUUAUGUUGCAGGAACAGUUGGACGCUAUCAAUAAUGAGAUCAGGUUAAUACAGGAGGAGAAGGAGAACACAGAGCAGAGAGCUGAGGAGAUCGAGUCUCGGGUGGGCAGCGGGAGUCUAGACAACAUUGGCCGCUUCAGGUCGAUGACUUCUAUUCCUCCCUCGUUCACUGGCAUGUCCCUCGCAGGGUCGUCCCCACCUGGUAGUGGGCGAUCGACCCCCAGAAGAAUCCCGCACAGCCCUGCUCGUGAAGUGGACAGGCUAGGCGUCAUGACUUUGCCUCCAGGUACUAGAGAUGAUCCUCGUGAUGACAAAGCCACAAUACGCUGCGAGACGUCCCCUCCUUCAUCUCCCAGAUCUUUGCGGUUGAGUUCGGUUCAUAAAGGAGCGUUGCACACCAUGAGCCACGAGGACAUCCGGGACAUUAGAAACUCCACGGGCUCACAGGACGGUCAGGUCAGCAAUCCCAGCAGCAGUAACAGCAGCCAGGACUCCCUCAACAAAGCCCCGAAAAAGAAAGGAAUCAAGUCAUCCAUCGGACGCCUAUUUGGCAAAAAAGAAAAGGGCCGUCCUGGACAAAUGGGCAAAGAGUCUCUCGGACCAGGUGGAAUUCCAGAAUUUGAAAGCACUUCCCAAGAAUCUCUUGGACUUGCGAAGCUCGGAGGACCGGUAGAGAAAAACCGAAAGCUCCAGAAGAAGCACGAGCUGCUGGAAGAAGCUCGGCGACAAGGGCUGCCAUUUGCACAGUGGGACGGUCCGACUGUGGUUGUAUGGUUGGAGCUCUGGGUCGGGAUGCCCGCCUGGUACGUGGCUGCAUGCCGAGCCAACGUGAAAAGCGGGGCGAUAAUGUCGGCUCUUUCUGACACCGAAAUCCAGAGAGAGAUCGGUAUUAGUAACCCAUUGCACAGGUUAAAACUGCGACUCGCCAUCCAAGAGAUCAUGUCCCUGACCAGUCCUUCCGCUCCCCCCACAUCUAGAACGGACGAUGAGGAGGGGAGCUGGGCUCAGACGCUUGCGUACGGGGACAUGAACCACGAGUGGAUUGGGAACGAGUGGCUGCCCAGCCUUGGGUUGCCCCAGUAUCGUAGUUAUUUCAUGGAGUGCCUUGUCGAUGCCAGAAUGCUGGACCAUUUAACCAAGAAGGACCUCCGCGGGCAGUUAAAAAUGGUCGACAGCUUCCACAGGAACAGUUUCCAGUGCGGCAUCAUGAGCUUGCGGAGGCUGAACUAUGACAGGAAAGAGUUGGAGAGGAAAAGAGAAGAAAGUCAAAAUGAAAUUAAAGAUGUCCUUGUUUGGAGCAAUGACCGAGUCAUCAACUGGAUUUUAUCCAUCGGGCUUAAAGAAUAUGCAAAUAACCUUCUAGAAAGUGGGGUUCACGGCUCCCUGGUUGCCUUAGAUGAGACUUUUGAUCACAACACAUUAGCUCUGCUGCUACAAAUUCCCACUCAGAACACACAGGCACGUUCAGUGUUGGAGCGGGAAUUCAACAACCUUCUCAUAAGAGGAACAGAAAGAAGAUUUGAUGAUGAUGAUGAUAAAAGCUUUAGACGGGCCCCGUCGUGGCGAAAGAAAUUCCGACCAAAGGAUGUGCGAGGACUAAGUGCUGGCUCUGCGGAGACACUACCCGCCAACUUCAGAGUCAACUCCUCUAUGUCUUCACCUUCUAUGCAGCCAAAGAAAAUGCAGAUGGAUGGCAAUAUGUCUGGAAUACAAAGACUGGAUUCAGCCACAAUUAGGACAUACUCCUGCUAACGGUAUCUGUCGUUUACCCUCAUUACUUCUACAGAUGAAUAUGCAACAUCUGAAUCCAUCUUGAUUCCACAUUUCCAGACCCGGCCGAGUUCUCCGUACAAAUCAAGCUGUCCAGACACUUUUUGAGAUAUUUUAAUACAGAGUUUUUAAAUUAGCGAGUAAAAUUAUAGAUAGGAGAAAUAUUUUAGAAUUUUAACCGUUUUGUCCUAUUUCUGUUCACUCCCGCGAGAGGAUUUUUCCGUCGUCCAUUUUCCAUGUGUCCUCGUUCAUCCCCCUCUUUGUCCGCGGUUUUCCCCUCGACCACCUUACUGAAUGUACUGUAACUCCGCGUGAGUCCCUGCUAAUCACCAGGGGGCUUUGUAAAUGAUUCUAGUAUUGUAAUUUAUGGGUAUAUUUCAUAAUGAGCCUGACGGGAAAGUUUUUGUGUAAUUUUUUUUAUUUUUAUUGUAUUUGUACAGUCUUAGAACAUCGCGAAAAUCUAUUGAUAUCAUUAACCUGGUACCAGAUUGUGAAGUGUCCCCAGCCUUCCACAAUCCUUAGAAUGAUUUACUCAGUCUGCGUUGCUUCGUUUUUUUUUUUCUCCUGGUCGGACUUUAAGGGGGCAUGUACAUUUUUCUUACGUUGGGUUAACGGUUUUAGCGUUCCUUUUUUUUAAUUUUUUUUUUUUUAUGUACUGUCAUAUCAGAAAAAAAAGCCAUAAAAGCAUUUUCUAAAAAAUGUUAGAAAAAAAAAAAAUGAAGGUGUCGUAUAGGAUUGAAAAAAAAAAAAGAAGAAAACUUUUAUACUU